AUGACUCCUCCUCCUCCCAUCUGUCUCUUGUUGAGAAUAACAGGUUCAACUUUUCUCGACCAUGUACACCACCCGUCAGGUCCAUCAAACUUAAAAUGUUUUUUCAUCAGUAAAUAUCACUUUCUUUCAAUCGACAUGGUUUUUCGAACACUGACGUCAAGUUCACACUUCUCCUUUACUUUCUUCGCUGUCACCUUUUCUCAAGAUGAUAACAACCUCGUAACACUCCUCUUCAUUCUUCUUUCUGUUCUCUUGGAAAUUGUUUUUUUUCCGUCCUCUCUUCUGCUCAUAAAAAUUGAACUCAGUUCUGGAGUUCCUCAUUUUGGCUCAAAGAAGAACAACUGGACGAAAACAAACGGAAAGAAAUUAUCAAUAUAUCCCUGGAAAGGACAUGAGGACCACGGGGUCGAGCAGAUGUGCUCCCCGUCCUUGCCACCAGCAGCCGUAGCCAUUGUCGUUGCAGCCACUACAGUCAUCAUCUAUACCAGCAGUAGUAGCAGCAGCACCUGUAGCUGUCGUCAUCACAGACACUCCUCAUUUGCCUUUAACAUCACCAGCGAACCCGUGACUGAGCAGCCUCCACCUUCGUCCUCAUCAUCACUAGCGGACCCCGGACCCGCGACUGACCAGCCUUCGCCUUCGUCCUCAUCAUCACCAGCAGACUCACGACUGACCAGCCUUCGCCUUCCCUUUGCCUUCGUCCUCAUCAUCACCAGCAGACCCACGACUGACCAGCCUUCGCCUUCGCCCGUAUCAUCACCAGCAGACCCACGACUGACCAGCCUUCGCCUUCGUCCGUAUCAUCACCAGCAGACCCACGAUCGACCAGCCUUCGCCUUCGUCCUCAUCAUCACGAGCAGACUCACCACUGACCAGCCUUCGCCUUCCCCGUGGGCUCGGCCAAAGAUAUGCCCAUUGAACCCGUAUAAACGGGUUCAGGGUCGGUUUACCUCCCCGAAAGAGACUCCGCCCUUCGGCGUAGCCUCGUUCGGGUUCCUCCCCGCCCGAAGGCAGAGAGUUCAACCGAUCAGCCGGACGUCCGACUUCGGGCUGAACUCCCUGCUUCCUCUUGAGGCGCAAUAUUUAUCACAUCUAUCUAUCUAUCUAUCUAUCUCUAUCUAUCUAUCUAUCUAUGAAAACGCUUUGAUAUUUUGA